CUCCCCCGUGACCCCUUUUGGGGGCUGGUCCGCCCCCUUUAUUGCCCCCCUUUAUUGCCCCCCCCCCGGGGCAGGUACUGGCCCUCCCCUGGCGUCUGGGAAUUGAGGGGAUAUUGGAAAUGCGGCACGGACUGGGGGGUGCACUGGGAAUGAAGGGCACUGCGAAUGGGGGUGGGGACACAGGGGACAAGGGGGACACCAAACACUGGUGGGGGGACACUAAGGACAGGUGGGGGCUACACUGGGGACAGGGGGGACAAUGGGAAUAAAUUUGGGGACCCUGGGAAUGGGUGGGGGCCGCACUGGGAAUGGGUUGUGGGCACACUGGCAGUGGGAUGACAUACAGGGUCACCAGUCUUCCCUCUUUCCUCAGAUCCAGGGACACAGUCCUAACCCUGCCCCCUGUCCCCAGAACCCUCCGGGGCUCCUUCCCCAGUCCUGGACUUUGCUCCUUGCCCCUUGGCAACGUGACCAGAGGAAAAUUCCAUCCUGGGGAGAGAAGAGAGAGGAGCCAGGAGAGCCUGAGCCAGGAGAGCCUGAUCCCAGGAAAAGCUUCUCCUGGGAGCACCUAAUUCUGGGAUCACCUGGUCCCAGGAUCACCUAAUCCCAGGAGAACCUGAUCCUGGCAGCACCUGAUCCUGGAAAAUUCCAGCUGGCAGAGGUGAGAGGAGAGAACGACCUCAUUCCAGAAAAACAUCAUUCUGGAAUCACCUUAUCCCAGGAGAAUUUCAUCCUGAGAGAGCCUUAGUCCAGGCGCACCUCAUCCCAGGGGGAAGCUGAACUGGGAUCACCUUAUCCCAGGAGAUCCUUGUCCCAGGAUCACUUUAUCCCAGGGUCUUGUCCUUCCAGGAGAAGCUCAGCCUGGGAUCCCCAUCCUGCCACCUGCUGCCAGUCCCAGUUUCCCUCCCGGUGCAUUUCGGGGUCUCCCCCUGCUCUCCUGCCAUGGCUGAGCCCUCUGGGGCCGGGGACAGCAUCCCCUUGGAUGGUCCCGGCCUGGACAUGGCCGCUGGGGAGGAAUUCCUGCAGGAAGUGUUCCGGAUCCUGCUGGAGGAGGGCGUGCGGAAGAGCACGGAUGUGACACAGAAGGUGUGUGACUGGAAGGAGCCGCAGGAGCUGCGGGAGCUGCUGGAUCUGGAGCUGCGGAGUGACGGGGAGGGGCGGGAGCGGCUGCUGCAGCGCUGCCGGGACGUGCUGCGCUUCAGCGUCCGCACUGGUCACCCCCGGUUUUUCAACCAGCUUUUCUCGGGGCUGGACCACCACGCCCUGGCUGGCCGGUUCCUCACCGAGACCCUCAACACGAGCCCGUACACGUACGAAGUGGCCCCAGUGCUGGUGCUGAUGGAGGAGCAGGUCCUGGCCACGCUCCGGGAGCUCGUGGGCUGGAGCAGCGGUGAUGGGAUCUUCGCUCCCGGGGGAUCUAUAUCCAACAUGUUGGCCAUGAACGUGGCGCGAUUCCGGCGUUUCCCGGAGAGCCGGAGCAGAGGGAACUGGGACCUGCCUCGCCUGGGCCUGUUUGCAUCUCAGGAGAGCCAUUAUUCCAUCCUAAAAGGAGCGGCUCUCCUGGGAAUUGGCACGGACAAUGUUCACCUGGUGCGGACAGACGAGAGGGGGAAGAUGAUCCCAGAAGAGCUGGAGAAGGAGAUCCAGAGGGUGAAAGCUGAGGGCUCGGAGCCCCUCUUUGUGUGUGCCACGAGUGGCACCACUGUCCUGGGCGCCUUCGACCCGCUGGACGCCAUCGCCGACAUCUGUGCCCGCCACGGGCUGUGGCUGCAUGUAGAUGCAGCGUGGGGGGGCAGCGCCCUCCUGUCCCCCCGACUCCGUCACCUCCUUGCCGGCAUCCACAGAGCUGACUCAGUGACCUGGAACCCCCACAAGCUGCUGAUGGUGGGGUUGCAGUGCUCAGCAUUCCUGCUCCGUGACAGCUCCGGGCUCCUGCAGCGCUGCCAUGGCGUGGGAGCUUCGUACCUGUUCCAGCGGGACAAGUUCUACGACGUGUCCCUGGACACGGGGGACAAGAGCCCCCAGUGCGGCCGCCGCGCCGACGGCCUCAAGCUCUGGAUCCUCUGGAAAGCCGUGGGAACCAAGGGGCUGGCACAGCGUGUGGAGCGGGCGUUCGGUGCCACUCGGUAUCUGCUGGAGCAGGUGAAGAGGAGGGAGGGAUUCCAGCUGGUGAUGGAGCCGGAAUUUAUCAACCUCUGCUUCUGGUUCAUCCCACCCAGCCUGCGGGGCCAGGAGAGCUCCCCGGAAUUCUGGGACAAACUGGGAAAGGUGGCCCCAGCCAUCAAGGAAAAGAUGAUCCGGAGGGGCUCCAUGAUGGUGGGAUACCAACCCCACGGAUCCCAAGUCAACUUCUUCCGGCAGAUUAUCACCAAUCCUGCUGUCACCCGCCAGGACCUGGACUUCUUCCUGGAUGAGAUACAGGAAUUGGGAUGGGAUCUCUGAGCAUUCCCAAAAACCCCAGUGAAAGACCCCAAAACCUUCCCCCCAUCCCUGAGGAAGAGCAGCAGAGCCUUGAUUUCUUCCUCACAUCCCAAAAUUGGAAAUGACCCUAAAAUUCCACACUUAUGGAAUAAAACAGCAUUUAAUGGUCCUGA